ACGAAAGGAAGAGAGAGCGAACUGAUGCCAGGCACGGAGCCCUCCAAUUGGUCAGCCUAGGGUCAGCUGGUCCCCGCGUCCCCUGCAGCUCUCCUCUCCCCUCUGUAGCCCCCUACCUCCCGCUCAGCCACACCGUCGCCCCCACCUCCUCACCCCUCCUCCCGGUCUGUGAUAAACUAAGUGAUAGCAGCAGCCCGCCGGACUGUCGGAUAUAAAACAACAAAUCAAAAAGUGCAGCAGCGGAAGAGUUCGGUAGGAAGAACCGAGCUGGAGUUUACUCCUCCUACUCCUUCAGCGUGGAAACCGUGUUGUUGUGUUGGUUACGUUCCCUUCUGUCCUCCCCUCUUCUUCUCUUCUCCUCCUUCUUUACUUCCACUUUUCACCAAUGAGUUCAUAUUUUGUAAACUCCUCUUUCCCGGUGAUACCGGGAACCGGUGGAGGCGGCCAGGCGGCGGCAGAACCGUUCCUGGGCCAGAUCUCGCUUUAUUCCCCAGGAUACACCGACCACCCUCUCAGACACUACCCUGGGGCAGCAACUGUUACCGCCGCUGCGGCCGUGGCGUACAGCGCGGGUGGUGCCGUGCACCAGGAGAAACCCUUCCCGGGAUCCUCCUACUACCAGCAGGCAGCUAACGGAGCAUACAGCGAGCACCGGGCAGUGGCUGCAGGGGUCGGACUAGGUUCUACCGGAGCCGGUGCAUGCGACUAUGGCACAGCGGCGGCUGCAGCGACCGCCAAAACCUUCUACCGAGACAAGGACCACGGGUGUAGUCUGGAGGAGCAGCAGCUCGCAAUGAGCCAGGGCGGUGUGCACCGGAAGGUGGAGUGCGCGGGGCUAGGAGCUAAGGGACUGUUUGUGAAAACGAUGGAUGACAAGCAGGCGACGUCAGCCCCGAUUUACCCGUGGAUGCAGAGGAUGAACGCGUGUAACGGAACAUUCGGAAACCCCGGGAGGCGCGGGCGGCAGACCUACACCCGUUACCAGACUCUGGAGCUAGAGAAGGAGUUCCACUUCAACCGGUACCUCACGCGGCGGCGGCGCAUCGAGAUCGCGCACGCGCUCUGCCUCACGGAGCGGCAGAUCAAGAUCUGGUUCCAGAACCGGAGGAUGAAGUGGAAGAAAGAGACCAAGCUGGUUAGCUCAUCCUCUUCCUCUUCUACAUCCUCUUCCUCCACGGUGAACGGACCCGACGAAGAAGACAAACGGACCGAAUAAAAUAAAUAAACACACAAAUAAACUGAUGAGGAGGAAGAGCAGCUGACGACCUGUCCACAGAAGGACAUCCGAUGUUCUCAGAGCAGAACUGCAACAUGGAGAUCAUGUAAAUGUCAACAAAUAUCGAGACUUAAUGAGAAGUCCGUGGAUCCACAAAUAUUAGAAAGUUGCGCGUACAAACACUUAAUUAAUUAACUAUUUAUUAAUUAGGGUCAGGGUUAGACACUCAUAUUCCCCCGAGCCCUCCAAUCGGAUGUUCUAAAGACAGAUCGCACCGGGUGUGUGUGUGUGUGUGUGUGUGUGUGGGGGGGGGGGGGGG